AUGGCCAGCCACACCCUCAGCGACUCGGACAGCACCGCGUCUGGUCCAGCAACCAAGCGCGCACGCCGAGCAGCGGCCACCGCCGCCCCCGUCGACCUCACCGGCGCCGCCUCGAGCGACUCGGACCAGUCGGACGACGGCAAGAACCCGGACCGCUCGUACAAGCUCACCCGCCAGGAGCGCGCCGCCGAGUACGAGUCCGACUACGACCUCGACGACGUCGACCACGACGCCGACGCCCAGCUCGACGACGAUGCCGACGAGGACGAGGACGACUUUGUGCCCGACCGCUCGUCGGCCGCCGCCGCCGCCGCAAAGGGCAAGGGUAAGGCCAAGCCUAAGCCUAAGGCCAAGGCGGGCGCAAAAGGCGGCAAGGGCAAGGGCAAGGCGGCCGCCGCGAGCGCGUCGGGCUCGGGCACGACCCGCUUCAAGCUCAGCUCGGCGUCGGCGGCGGCGUACGGCGCCGACAGCGCAGCGUCGAGCUCGUCGUCGCGCCUCCCUAUCCUCCAGUCGGCCGGUGUCUCGGCGCACGAGGCCGUCGGCGCGCUCCUCAACGCCAACAUCCGCCAGGACCGCGAUUACGGCUACUUGCCUCUGCGGCCCGACCAGGCGUCGCGCCCGUUCUACAUCGUACCCUCGACGGGCCACAUCAUCCUCGAGAACUUUCACCCGCUCGCCAAGUACGCGACCGACUUCCUCGUCGCCAUCGCCGAGCCCGUCUCGCGCCCGCGGUUCAUCCACGAGUACAAGCUCACGCCGCACUCGCUGUACGCCGCCGUGUCGGUCGGCCUCGAGACCGAGAACAUCAUCGAGGUCCUGAACCGCAUGUCCAAGGUGCCCGUCCCGGACGAGCUGUGCGACUUUAUCCGCGACUGCACCCACUCGUACGGCAAGGUCAAGAUGGUCCUCAAGAAGAACAAGCACUUUGUCGAGUCGAGCGACCCCGAGACGCUGCGCAUCCUCCUCCGCGACGACGUCAUCGCCAAGGCGCGCGUCCCGCCCGACGAGCAGCUCGCGCGAGACGGCGCCGCCGCCCAGGCCAACGGAACCGCGACGGCCACGUUCGGCCUCGAGAAGGACAAGGCGCCGUCGAGGGCGGGCCUCGUCAUCCCGGGCACGUCCAAGGGCGACGGCGCAGGCGUGGCGGGCGCGGCAGCAGGGCAGGAGGCGGGCAAGGACGGUGCCGCCCAGAUGUCGCGCGAGGAGGAGGACCUGUUCACGGCCGUUGUCGGGCUCGACAAGGAGGACCAGAUGGACGACGACGACGAGGUGCACUCGUUCGAGGUGCGCGAGGCCGAGAUCGAGGCCGUCAAGCGCCGGUGCCUCGACCUCGACUACCGCAUGAUGGAGGAGUACGACUUUCGGCACGACGAGGUCAACCCGACGCUCGAGAUCGACCUCAAGCCGACGGCCGCCCUGCGCCCGUACCAGGAGAAGUCGCUCGGCAAGAUGUUCGGCAACGGCCGCGCGAGGUCGGGCAUCAUCGUGUUGCCGUGCGGGGCGGGCAAGACGCUCGUCGGCAUCACGGCGGCGACGACGAUCCGCAAGUCGUGCAUCGUCCUGUGCACCUCGUCGGUCAGCGUCAUGCAGUGGCGCCAGCAGUUCCUCCAGUGGUCCACCAUCAAGGAGUCGGCCAUCUCGGUCUUUACCGCCGACCAGAAGGAAAAGUUCACGGGCGACGCCGGCAUCGUCGUGUCGACCUACUCGAUGGUCGCCAACCGCCAGAAGCGGUCGCACGACUCGCAAAAGAUGAUGGACUUUUUGACGUCGCGCGAGUGGGGCUUCAUCCUGCUCGACGAGGUCCACGUCGUGCCCGCCGCCAUGUUUCGCCGCGUCGUCACCAAGAUCAAGGCGCACACCAAGCUCGGCCUCACGGCGACGCUCGUGCGCGAGGACGACAAGAUCGACGACCUCAACUUCCUCAUCGGCCCCAAGCUGUACGAGGCCAACUGGAUGGACCUCGCCGAGAACGGCCACAUCGCCAAGGUCCAGUGCGCCGAGGUGUGGUGCGACAUGACGCCCGAGUUCUACCGCGAGUACCUGCGCGAGAACGUGCGCCGCAAAAUGCUCCUCUACUGCAUGAACCCGCGCAAGUUCCAGGCGUGCCAAUUCCUCAUCCAGUACCACGAGAACCGCGGCGACAAGAUCAUCGUCUUCUCGGACAACGUCUACGCCCUCGAGGCCUACGCCAAGAAGCUCGGCAAGCUGUACAUCCAUGGCGGCACGCCGCAAGUCGAGCGCAUGCGCAUCCUCCAAAACUUCCAGCACAACCCGAUCGUCAACACCAUCUUCCUGAGCAAGGUCGGCGACACGUCGAUCGACCUGCCCGAGGCGACGUGCCUCAUCCAGAUCUCGAGCCACUUUGGCUCGCGUCGCCAAGAGGCGCAGCGCCUCGGCCGCAUCCUGCGGGCCAAGCGCAGGAACGACGAGGGCUUCAACGCGUUCUUCUACUCGCUCGUCUCGAAGGACACGCAGGAGAUGUUCUACUCGUCGAAGCGGCAGGGCUUCCUCGUCGACCAGGGCUACGCGUUCAAGGUCAUCACGUCGCUCGACGGCCUCGAGCAGCUCGACAACCUCGUGUACCCGACCCGGGCAGAGCAGAUCGAGCUCCUCCAGUCGGUCCUCCUCGCGAGCGAAACGGACGCCGACCGUGCGGCGGCCGCAGGCGAGGACGACGGCAUGGGCGCCAAGGACGUCGGCGGGUUCGGUGGCACGCCGGCGCCGUUCGGGAGGAGGGACGGCGCGCCGCAGGCGACGCGCAUUGCCGGCAACCUGCAGGCUCUCAGCGGUGGCCAGUCGAUGGCGUACUCGGAGCGGCAAAAGUCGGCCAACAAGCAGCUCGCCAAGGACUCCAAGUCGCAGCGCAACGCCCUCUUCCGCAAGCGCGACGAGGAAAAGAAGCGCAGGGCCAAGGAGAAGGCGGCGGGCUGAGCGCGAGGGCUGGAUCGUGGCGCUUUGGGUCGGUCGAGGGGGGACGAGUUGCUGUACGCUUAGAUGUUGUCACUCGAGUCGCUUCUUCAGC